GAUAACAAUUGUACCUGUAUUCGAGUCCUGUAAGUCUGGACAGGCUUAGAAUGAUAGCUCCUCAUAGGAGCUAUCAUAGUCACCAGGCGACCUGGACAUAUCAGUCAAGCUGUCACUAUUUUGGCCUACUCAGGCUGCCAGCGCGCAUACAUGCAACCUACUAAUGUAUAUCCAACUGUGCCAUGGUUCUGAACGCUACGUACCUUCACCGACAUACCUAGGCACUGUAACAACAGUCUUCAUACGACUUGGAAGUAUCAGUCAAACUGCCAAUAAGAUGGUCAGCAUUUGCGGUCAUGGCUGCGACCGCGCAUAUGCCCAGGCCUGGCUUUUUUCCCAGUCUACGUAUUAGCACCACUUCAAACUCUGAUGCGGCGGCACGCAGAUACUAUUCGAUUUUUGGGCCCUCUCUAUCCGUUCUUCAAGCGCAUCGC